AUAAUGGAUUUCUUUCGGGAUAUGGAUCUCGGCCGAACCAAACUGCCUUUAUAAGGCCUCCGCCUCUACUACCGCCGGCUUUAACUGCAGACAUUCUCUCUCUCUCUCUCUCUCACACACACACACACACAUUCUCUCUCUCACAGGCUUAAAUUAGCGGUGUUAUUCCUGAGCUGCUAUACUGGCUCUACCAACUUUGGAAGCCUUAACCAUGCUUAACUACUGGCGUACAAGCGGCGGCACUGCAGGAGGAGGAGGCGCCGCCAGUCCCUUCUCUGACUACGGCUUCGACGGCCCAUUCUACGACCUCGAGUUCACCCUCUCCAACCACUCAUCCGAAACAUCUCUAGAUUCCGAUGAAGACAUGAGCGAGAUCGAGCUCAACUUACACGCCAACGAUCAAAAUUUCACUCCACCUACAUUGAGUAAUCCAGACCAAACCUCCAAACUCCCCGUUUCGUUGCUGAAAACAGCUGCCAAAGUUGGACUUCUCUUCAAGAAACCGGAUUCUGCAACUGGAUCUCUCCAGAAAUCGGAGAAAAUUGGUCGGGAUAAAAAGCUGCUCAGGGUUAAAUUCAAAGUGGAUGAAGUUAAAGGGCCGCUGAUUUCUCUGUUUGCGAGAGAUUAUAGUAUCUCGGCGACGAAUUCGGAGCAUUUGGGCAAAGAGACGUUGCAGAAAUACUUGAAUAUUCUCAAGCCUUUGUAUGUUCGUGUUGAGAAGAUGAAAUUCUCCGGCCAGCUCGGCUUCCACGGCGGAGGUCCGGAUUCUCCGCCGCCGGAUAUGGCCGGAGCGGGCUUGUGGAACAACAAUCUGCAGGCAGGGUUGAAUGUGGUCCGAAAGCAUUUGGGGAAGAGCCGCUCAACUUCUACCGCACCGGAAAAGAUGGGAUCCAACCGCCGUGACGACUCGCUGUUGGAGCUGCACGAUGGGAUUCAAGGCGCCAUCCUGCAUUGCAAGAGAUCAUUCAAUUCCAAUACGGAAAGAGAACUUGUCUCGGUUGGUGAGUGAUGCAUGCUGCGAGAAGUCUGUGAUGUCUUCUGCUUUAUAUGGAAAGUUGUAGAGACAGGGGUAUAAAGUUGUAUAUAUUAGUUGUAAAAUUAAUGGAAAAAAGAAAAUCAGUGUUAAAUUAAGAAUGGCAAUGGCUCAAAUUAUCA